CCCUGGCCAGCGCACAGAGCUGUACACGUACCCGCCCUCACCACGGACCAUGACACGAAUCACGAAAAGCGGUGACCAAUUUCCCACCACCAGAGCUAUCAAUUCAAGGAGUACCCAAGACAUCAUUUAUGGUCCAAAUCUUAGUCAAUUCACAGUAGAUCUCCUCGUCGAAGAUGUCUGUCCGAGUGGUCGCACGUAUUCGUCCACUCCUCUCGAAAGAGAUGGACAAGGACAUUAUUGUGCAUGCUGGUAGUACUGACGAUGGCAAGCCUAGUACCCUGGUCCGGAUCCCGAGUCCCAAGAACGAAGCUGAAGAGUUUACGUUCGCGUUCAACAGCGUCUAUGACAUGUCCACGACACAAGAGGAGCUGUUUACAGCAGAGGUUGCUCCACACCUCAAGUCGCUCUUUCAAGGCCUUGACGUGACAAUAUUCGCGUACGGUGUCACUGGAACCGGCAAGACACACACGAUGCGUGGUGGACUGAAGCUCGCGGAACGGGGCGUAAUUCCCAGGCUCCUGAGUGGCGUCUACCGUAGGGCAAAGAAGAUCGCGAAGGAUUCGAACGGCGAAACGACGGUGUCCGUGGCCCUAUCAUACUACGAAAUUUACAACGACAAGGUGUUUGACCUCUUUGAGCCUCCGGAGAUACGCACACCCUCGGGUCUGCCACUGCGAGAAGCCUAUGGCAAGACGGUUGUUGUUGGGCUUUCGGAGCGGCCGUGUGAAGACUUGAAGGAUUUUGAAAGGCUCUACAUCGAGGCCAACAACAAUCGUGUGACGGCAGCCACCAAACUGAACGCCCACAGCAGCAGAAGCCAUGCUAUUCUGAGAGUCAAGGUCACUCAGACCACAGAGAACCAGACCUUGGAGAGCAUAGCUUCGGCCAUUGAUUUGGCCGGAUCAGAAGACAACCGACGGACAGAUAAUGGCAAGGAGCGAUUGGUGGAAUCAGCUGCUAUCAACAAAAGUCUAUUUGUGCUCAGCCAGUGUAUCGAUGCCAUCUCACGAGGCGACCGCCGCAUCCCUUUUCGGGAAUCCAAGAUGACCCGCAUUCUGUCGCUCGGUCAAAACAACGGAAUCACCAUUAUGAUCCUCAAUCUUGCUCCCAUUCGAAGCUACCAUCUUGAUACUUUGAGCAGCUUGAAUGUUAGCUCCAGGGCGAAGCGUAUAGAAGUUCGCGAAAUUGAGAACGAGAUCGUUUACAAGCAAGUGCCGCGCACUAAUACUGGAAGCUCAUCCACCAGCAUGAUACGACAGCCCCUGAGGCCCCUAACCAAUGCACACAACGUACACUCCGGAGCGAUAGCGGCCAAAGAAAAAGAAAAGGAGAAGACGACAGCUGCAGACCGUCCCGUCAAAGCGUUCAAUGUCUACACCGACCGCUCCAAGCCCGUAACUGCUAUUGUGGCUCCUCGGCCUGCCAACACGGCCGUUAAGCGAUCACCGCCUCCGAAGCGUGCCUCAGAGCUUGAGUCGUGCAUUGGCAAACCCUCGAAACUCACGCGACCAACCCCAAUAGCACUCUCUGCGAAGCCGUCGCAGCCGUCCCAACCAUCUAUUUCCGCUGCUCAGAUCGAAGCCAUGGUCGAGAAGAAAGUCUCCGAGAUAUUGGCCUCAAGAACCCAAGCCGCACCCGAACCCCCCGAGAUCAGCGACGCGGUGCAAAGACGUCUCGAAGCCCUCGAGCGCCGUAUCGAAGACGGAAAGCACGACGAUGGGAAAUCAGAUGGUCUGCGCUUUCUGCUCAUGGCACGUCAGCACAAGGAAAGGGGCGAAGAUGCCAGUGCACUCAAAAUGUACGAGAUGGCCCUGCCCUUCUUCCCCGGCCAGGUGAAACUCCUAGCCAAGAUCGAGCGAUUGAAGGACAAGAUGAUCGCUAAGCGCGAGGGGCGGGAACUCAUUUCUGACGAUGCGGAAGAGCGGCCCUCGGAACGUAGGAGGAAGGCCUGUCGCCAGGGCGACGAUGAGGGGUACGAUGCUGAGGACUACGACGGUACAGAAGCGGACGUCGAGGACGAGGAUUUUGUGCGGAGUCGGAAGAAGAGCAAAAAGAGCAAACUCCUCGUCAAGCCUGACGUGGUCCUGGACGAUGCGCCGUUGACGCCGCAUAUGCAGCAACUGCUCGAUAUUAUUAACUCACGCGACGCGAACGCCAUCAUGGGAUUACAAGGUUUUGGUCCGAAGAAGGCACGCGACCUGGUGGAAUAUCUGGAUUCUCGAGUCGAAGAGGAUGGGGCGUGGUGUAUUGAGACGCUGGCGCAGCUCAGGGCUGUACCUGGAAUGGGCGGCCGGGCUGUGGAGAGGGCCUAUGAGGGGUUGAUUCAGACUGUUGGGCGGGCAUUAUAGACUUCUCGGGCCAUUUUUUGGUGUUGGCUAAUCUCUUUUGGUGCUUGCUCUAGAGCGAGUGAGUGGGUGUGGUGUGGGUGGGUGUGGUGUUCUUGGUCCCGUAAUUGGAUCACUAGUAUAUAGAUGACUCAGCUUGCAUUGGCGUGGAGUUUGGAGUAUAGAGGACGCAUAUAGCUCCAGUGUUGGCAUCACAUAGAAUGUUUAAUCCAUAUUCACAGGGUAUUUAUCGCC